CGAUGGCGGAGGCUGGAGCUAUAGCUGGGAUGACGGAGAAGCAGCGGAAGCUCUUCGAACUGAGGAUGAGGAUGAACGAAGGCCGAAAGCUGAACCACAUGGAGGUAGCGGCGGAGAAGCGGCGGGCGACAGAUCCUGCUGGCGAGGCGAAGCGACAGAAGGAGUUGUCGGAGGCGCGAGCUGAGAAACGGAAGAAGGAAGCUGCUGAGGCCGAUGACGAUAGCCAAGAAGUGGACAAGAGACUACUGGUCACUCUGGAGCAAGCUGAGUCCAUGGAAAAGAAGAAGGAAAAGAAAGAGAAAGGCAAGGCUGCGUUUGGAUGGGACGUGUUCAACCAAGACACGCUCUACAAGGCCCACAAGAAGCGGAUCAAGAAGCUCCAGCCUGACAUUGAGAGCUACGAGGCCGCCAAGGCCAACGACAAGGACUUCUUCCGCGAUGCCAACUCACUUUCUUACGGUGGAGCUGGUUAUCAGCCACCUACUGAGAAGGUGGAAGCGAUGGUGGAGGAUCUGCUGGAUGCUGCGGAGAGGAGGAACAAAUUCUCUCGUCGCAGGCCCGAAGUGUUCGAAGCAGAUGUCGAUUACAUCAACGAUCGCAACAAGCACUUCAACAAGAAGAUCGACAGAGCCUUCGGCGACUACACCAAGGUCAUCAAAGAGAAUCUCGAGAGAGGAACAGCUUUGUAAACCAGCUGUUGCUUGUUUCUCGGAACAGACGUUACAUCAUACGGACUUGUUUGCGUUCUUUUCAUGCUUUUCUUGUCCCGCCAACUGUUUGAUCGCUGAGAUUUUCACUGAGAGCAUUUCCCGCAAAGAUGCCACCUUUCUUAAGACAUUACAUCAAGUUUUCAUCGUUUGUAACUUCAUUCAAAGAAUAAAAGAAUAGUUCUGGCUAUC